AUGACUCAACUAUCUCUGCUAGUUCUUUUGGUUAUUCUGACAUGCGCUUCGUCACAACCGAUGCCAGGAGGCGGUGGAGUCGGAGGAAUGAUUUAUGCAAAAGUGAACACGACUGCUACAAUUGCGUUGCCUCAAGUUGCGAACUAUCGACGAGAAGUUAGAAAUGCAAAGGAUGUGGAUGAAGAGCAUAUUUUCAGAGUUUGUAAUGGAAAAAAUAAGAAGACUUGUGGAUAUUGGGAAAAUGUCAAGACAAAAAAGAAAGUUGCCUCCGGAGCCACCACCUACAACAAGAACAAGAAAGCGUUGAUUGUCAAGAAUAUGAGAGUCACUGACUUUGGAAGUUACAUGACUGGAAACAAGAAGACAUCCACAUUUGUAAUGAAUCAGACUUGGUGA